UGACGCGUGUGCAGCUGACGUGUAGCCUGGGGAAGGAAGUAACGUCAGGUAGCUUUGACACUUGGGUUUCUGCUACUUUAAUUGUGUGCAUACAUUAACAGUUCAUAAUGUUAUUAGCUAAGUAGCUAACAAAACUACAACAGAAGAAAAAACGGAGCAAUUCCUACAGUGCAGUUAGAAUUGGAGAGAGAGCUACCAAACGUUGAGUCAUGGGUAGACGGAAGGUACCAGACUUGUACCGAGCCCCCUUCCCCCUCUAUACCGUCAAAGUAGAUCCUAAAACGGGGUUGGUAAUCACGGCGGGCGGCGGAGGUGCCUCGAAGACGGGGAUAAAGAACGCUCUGCACUUCCUGGGUUUGGGGAUGUCAGGGGGCCAGUUCACUGCCACGCUGCUCCACACCCACGACACAGAGACGCGGGCCACCAUGAACAUGGCCCUGGGGGGCGACGUCAUCGCCGCGGGGCAGGACGGGAGCUGCUGCCUCAUGCGGUUCAGACGCAAGGAGGAGAAGGAGGGACGCAAGGCUGCAGCCACAGAGGGGGGCAGCAGAGAGCAGGGUGGCACCAGGAGGAGAGCAGGGCGGGGGGCCAGAGAGGGGGCCUCUGGGGCCGCGGGGGGGGACACCAAGGAGGACACGCCCCAGAUCUUCGUGGAGGGGGUGGGGGAGGUGCAGUCUGAUCUCAACCCCCAGGACCCCCUCCAGAAGGUGGUCAGGUUCAGCCCAGACCUCAGUCUGCUGCUGGUCGGGGGCACGGACGGGCAUAUACGAGUCUGGGAGUAUCCAUCCCUGAAGGAGAAGUAUGACUUCAAAGCCCACGAGGGGGAGGUAGAAGACUUGGACAUUAGUGAAGACAACAAGCACCUGGUGACGGUGGGCAGAGACCUGGCCUGCAGCCUGUGGUGUGGGACACAGCUAAACAUGAGCCUAGACUGGAGCAGAGCUCUGCCUCAGGUGGCAGAGAGGACCUACAGAUACCAGGCCUGCAGGUUUGGCCGGGUGGAAGACCAGGAGGAAGCCCGGAGGCUGUACACCGUCCAGAUCCCUCACAAGCGAGACAGGAAGCCCCCACAGUGCUACCUCACCAAGUGGGAUGCAUCCAACUUCCUGCCCAUGCUAGUGGCCCCCUGCGGCACCGAGGUCAUAUCCUGUCUGGCCGUCAGUGACUCUGGAACAUACUUAGGGCUGGGGACUGUGACAGGAUCCGUGGCUGUCUACAUUGCCUUCUCACUCCAGAGGCUGUACUACGUGAAGGAGUCUCAUGGCAUUGUGGUGACAGAUGUGUGCUUCCUGCCUGACUCUGCUCAAGGCCAGCUGAUGCGAGGCAACCACGAGGCCGCCAUGUUGAGUGUGGCGGUGGACAGUCGCUGCCAGAUGCAUACUGUCCGCAGCAGAUGGUCCCUCCCGCUGUGGCUGCUACUGGUCCUGGGGGGCCUCCUAGUAUUGGGGGCAGUCCUGCUGCAGCUGCUCCUCCCAGGAGCCCUGUAGCUGCUGACCAGGACCUAGAGGAGCCCUGUAGCUGCUGACCAGGACCUAGAGGAGCCCUGUAGCUGCUGACCAGGACCUACAGGAGCCCUGUAGCUGCUGACCAGGACCUAGAGGAGCCCUGUAGCUGCUGACCAGGACCUAGAGGAGCCCUGUAGCUGCUAACCAGGACCUAGAGGAGCCGACCAGGACCCUGCAGACCUGAGGCUGUGUUCCCGGAGCCUGCAGCAGCAACACCACCUCCACACCUCAGCCUCACAGCCAGCCUGCUAACAGCAGCCUCACCCAUUAUUGAUUUUAUUUAAUUUCUGAAACUGGUUUGUUUGAUCCCUGGUUCCCAUGACAACCCUGGUUACCCCACCUGACAUACUUGGUUCAACCAGACCUGCAUCCAUCUUCAUAUCUAAUUCUGUAUCAGGGCGAGAUUUAAGGGCCUGUGGGGUUAGCUUAGUGGGAGGUUCUGUAUCACCAGGAAUGUACAAGGACCAAGGCCUUUUUUAUUCGAAUAUUUAAGGAGUUGUGUAAAAUAUAUAAAUCUACUUUAAAAUUA